AUGUGGCGGUGCGUGUCCCGUGGUCUCCGCAUUCCCUCUAAGAAAUCUACCUCCGCCGCCCCCAUCAGCCGUUUCUUCUCAGCUCAAUCUAAUGGGGCAACGCCAUCCUAUACAGUGGUGGAUCACACCUAUGAUGCAGUGGUAGUUGGAGCAGGAGGUGCGGGGCUGAGGGCCGCCAUAGGGUUAUCAGAGCAUGGAUUCAACACAGCUUGCAUUACCAAGCUUUUUCCCACUCGCUCCCAUACUGUUGCAGCACAGGGUGGAAUAAAUGCCGCAUUGGGGAAUAUGACAGAGGAUGAUUGGAGGUGGCACAUGUAUGACACAGUAAAGGGAAGUGAUUGGCUAGGGGACCAGGAUGCCAUCCAGUACAUGGUGGUCAAAGCUUGAAUUUUGGAAAAGGUACGGUGACAAUUUUCACUGGAAAUACAGUUCCCUAUUUUUUUUUUUUUGUUCAAACUCUCUUUAAUCUGUCAAUCCCUACUCUUCAUAGGUGGACAAGCAUAUCGUUGUGCAUGUGCUGCUGAUCGAACUGGACAUGCUUUACUGCACACAUUAUAUGGGCAGGCUAUGAAACAUAACACACAAUUUUUUGUGGAAUACUUUGCCCUUGAUUUACUUGUAGGCAGUGAUGGUAGCUGCCAAGGUGUAAUUGCCUUGAAUAUGGAGGAUGGCACCUUACAUCGGUUCCGUGCUGCCUCAACAAUUCUUGCUACUGGGGGUUACGGUAGAGCAUACUUUUCUGCAACCUCUGCUCACACUUGCACUGGAGAUGGCAAUGCUAUGGUAGCACGUGCUGGGUUGCCGCUACAGGAUCUUGAGUUUGUUCAGUUCCAUCCAACGGGCAUAUAUGGUGCUGGGUGUCUCAUUACUGAAGGGUCCCGUGGUGAAGGUGGUAUUCUUAGGAAUAGUGAGGGUGAAAGAUUCAUGGAACGAUAUGCCCCAACAGCUAAGGAUCUUGCAUCAAGAGAUGUUGUAUCAAGAUCUAUGACCAUGGAGAUUCGAGAAGGGCGUGGCGUUGGACCCUUGAAAGAUCAUAUUUACCUUCACUUGAAUCAUUUGCCUCCUGAGGUCCUCAAGGAGAGACUUCCUGGUAUCUCUGAAACUGCAGCCAUUUUCGCCGGUGUUGAUGUUACAAAGGAACCAAUCCCUGUUUUACCAACUGUGCAUUAUAACAUGGGUGGAAUUCCCACAAAUCACCAUGGAGAGGUGGUUACCAUCAAAGGUGAUGAUCCUGAUGCUGUGGUUCCUGGACUAUUUGCUGCUGGAGAAGCUGCCUGUGCAUCUGUUCAUGGUGCCAAUCGACUUGGAGCCAAUUCACUUCUUGACAUUGUUGUCUUUGGUCGGGCUUGUGCAAACAGGGUGGCGGAGAUCCAGAGGCCAGGAGAGAAACAAAAGCCACUAGAAAAGGAUGCUGGAGAGAGGACCGUCGCAUGGUUGGACAAGCUUCGGAAUUCAAAUGGUUCCCUUCCCACCUCUAAAAUCCGGCUGAACAUGCAACGGGUAAUGCAAAAUAAUGCUGCUGUAUUUCGGACACAAGAAACACUGGAAGAAGGCUGUCAGUUGAUUGAUAAAGCCUGGGAGAGUUUUCAUGAUGUCAAGUUGAAGGACAGAAGCUUGAUAUGGAAUUCGGACUUGAUAGAGACUAUUGAGUUGGAAAACCUUUUAAUUAAUGCAUGCAUCACCAUGCACUCUGCUGAAGCCAGGAAAGAAAGUAGAGGAGCUCAUGCACGUGAAGAUUUUACUAAAAGAGAUGAUGAACACUGGAUGAAACAUACAUUAGGAUACUGGGAAAAUGAGAAAGUACGACUGGACUACCGGCCUGUUCACAUGAAUACACUUGAUGAUGAAGUUGAAUCCUUCCCUCCCAAGGCUCGAGUAUACUAGUUACGCUUGCUAAUUCGUGAAAAUUUGGUGGCUUGCACAAUAGAUUUCUCUGCUAAGGCUGAAGUUGCAAUAAAUUAAUAAAAGGGAAAAAUUUUGGCAAUAAACAUAGCUUUCAUCCUUUCAGGCUGCUGCUUAUAGAUUGCAACCUGAAUCACAAUGUAGAAUGUAGCUUCCCUUAUCAUCAUUGGUGAUUUGUUCAUACAAUAUCAUGCUGUGCCUCGUCCUGGUACGUAUUGAGUGAUUGCUUAUGUAUGGAUAUUUAUCCCAUGAAUUUAAACAUCUCUGUCAAGUUGCUAGUGAUGUAUAUGCUCAGUCAAGAUCUUUUCUGUUUCAUGGGGAACUAGUUGCAACUGUGCUUAAAUUGAUUGCUUUAUAAAAAUGAAUUUCGCUGCU